UUCCAAUUGCUGUAUUUCUCUUCGUGGCUGUGGUCGGUGCAAUCCACAUCCAACAACGCUAUCACGGUCAAGACAUCUACGCCGAACCAGAUUGUUCUAUUGUAACUGAUCAUACGCGCAUGUUCCGUGACAUAUCCGAUCCGACUCAUUAUUGGGUAUGUGCUGAUGGUCAGGAGAAAGCCGAUUACAUACAAUGCCCGGAAAAUCAUGCCUUCAUGGAAAAGGAGCAGAAAUGUGUGGUGUGGGAGGAAUGGAAGUGGGUUGAGCCUUAUACAAAAUAG